CCCAACAAAUGGGGGCGUAAACGGGCAGAGGAAGGAAGGAAAAACGACACACAGCUUUCAGGUCGUUCGGCUCUCAGGGCUGCCCUUCGCAGGACGAAAUGGCGUGCAGGGCCACCGGCCUGAGGGCCAUCGAACUCUUCAGGACGGACGACUUUUACAUUCUGCAGUCGGGCGAGCACAGCCUCUGGUGGGACAGGAACACGGCCCUCUGCACUCCCAAAUCAGGUUGGGAUUUGGUCGACGCAGUGAAUCCCGAGUGCCUCGGAAUCUUCUUCGGUCUGGUCGGAAAAAUUGAAUUGAAUCCAGGCCUGCUGCCCAGACUGAUCCUCAUCAAGUCUGUCGAAAGUGUUGGGCAACUGCCGGGAAUGCACACAGUGUACAAAAUCAAGGCCGUGGCAUUCCUCAACAUCCUGGGUCCGGACGUAACUCAGCAGGAGCUGGGUUUGGAGUCGUGCACGAAGCACUGCAACCGACGCCAGGGUGAGAGGUGUGUCCUAGAGCAGCCCGCAAAGACCAGUCUGGCCAAAACGUGGAGCUCCAUCAAGUCCGCUUCGAACACCAUCAAGAACACCACAGUGCAAGCAGCGCAACUCGCAGCCUCCCAAGUCAAGCCUCUGAGGAAACGGGACAACAGGAGUGAAAAUGAGAAGUUUGAGAGGCGGAUGCUGGACGAGUUGUCCAAGAUUUGGGACGACUCGCAGAGUUUCUACUUCUCGCCGAGUGGUGAUUUGACCAACAGCCAGCAGAGGCAGUGGAUCAUCGAGCAAAAGGAGGUGAUCACCCUGAAGGAGCAGCCAGAGUACAAACCGCCACCGCUCUGGAAGAAACUGGACCAACGGUUCUUCUGGAACCAGCACAUGCUCAAAGAAAUCAUCAACCACGAUAGUGAGAUGGCAAAUUUCUGGAUUCUGCCUGUUAUCCAAGGCUUCGUGCAAGUCGAAAAGUGCAAAGUUGAUCUCGGGAGGUUUGACCGGACCAGAGAGGCCAUGGAGCCUGUUUUUGAGACUUUUGUGUUGACCGUGAUCUCGCGUCGAAGUCGAUUUCGAGCUGGCACUCGAUACAACCGGCGCGGAGUGGACGAGGAGGGCAAAGUGGCUAAUUACGUCGAGACGGAGCAAAUCAUCAGCUAUUUGGACCACCAAGUGUCUUUUGUGCAGGUCAGGGGCUCGGUGCCUGUUUACUGGAGUCAGCCUGGUAUCAAAUACCGGCCUCCGCCCAGAAUCGACAAAGGCCCUGCUGAAACUAGAGAGGCAUUUGAGAAGCAUUUCAAUGAGGAAUUGGCCACCUAUGGGCACAUUUGCAUCAUCAACCUUGUAGAGCAAACGGGCCGAGAGAAAAUUAUAGCUGACACGUACACUGAAAAUGUCUGUGACUUCAGCUGUCCUGAUCUCACAUACUGCCUUUUCGACUUCCACGAAUAUUGCCGUGGAAUGCAUUUUGAAAAUGUGUCGAUUUUGCUUUCGCACCUUUUGGACGUGAUUAACGAGCAAAAGUUCUGCUGGUUGGACAAGCAGGGCCGCAUCUGCCUCCAGUUUGGUGUUUUCCGAGUCAAUUGCAUUGACUGCCUUGACCGCACCAAUGUCGUUCAAACUGCCAUUGCCAAAACUGUCAUGGAAAUUGUGUUCACUAAACUGGGGUUGAUAGCUCCUGAAAAACCAGUGCCGGCGAACAUAAGGAAUGCAUUCCAAGUUCUGUGGGCCAACAACGGUGAUGCAAUUAGUAGGCAAUAUGCAGGGACAAAUGCUCUCAAGGGUGAUUACACUCGUACUGGGGAACGGAAAUUUUCGGGUUUAAUGAAGGACAGCGUGAAUUCCGCGAGUCGAUACUACCUAGGUCGAUUCAGAGACGCUGAGAGACAGGCAGCCAUUGACCUCAUGCUUGGUGAGAUUUCAAGCAGCAAUCCCAUUCCCGAGGAGAUCUUCAGCGGAGGCGACCCAUCGUUUACCGAAGACAUUACGGCCUCUGCCGAGCAAGUGAAGCACGUAAUUGAGGACAGCAAAAAGCUGCUCCUGCCUGACCCCGCUGAAUGUGUCGGUGCUUGGGGCCUCAUUGAUGCAGACCAGGGCACUGGAAAUCCGAACGAAACUGACAUGGACAUUAUUUUGUUGCUCACAAGUCAGUUUUAUUGUGUGGCUUGGUAUGAUGAAGAAGCUGAUCGAGUGAGCCACUACCAAUAUGUGCCUCUCGAGGACAUAACUCACAUCGAGAUUGGUCAAUGUCAACUUUCUACUAACUCGUUGUUUAAAACGUCCAAGUCUCCCAGUUUCUGCAUCAGGAUUUAUUACCAACAGAGAAAUGACGACGGAGAAAUGGAGCCUGGCUUCUUCCAUAUUUUCCGAUCAGCCAAUCUGCGUUUCUUCAACAACUUGGCCGUUGCCAUAACCUCGGAGGAAGAGGCUAUUGAAUCGAUCAAGUACAUUUGCGAAACAUUUUUGGGACUGAAAAAUGAGCUGCAAGUGGAACGGGUGUCUCGUCUCGAAAGAAAAAAGUCAAAAAUUCCAAGGGAAAUAAGAGGGCAUCAACCGUCCAGCAGCUUUCUAAAUCUUCCUGCACACAUUCCUAGAAAUUUUUCAGACAAGUCAUUGUCAAAGGUUUCUAACACUAUGGGCCUGCUCAAGAAUGAAAUGUCUGAAAAGUUCAGCAAAAUCACUAGCAUUGGCAGCAAAAAACAAGAGGAGAAAGUCGAGAUGACCACAAAUAAUAAGCCAAAGCCAAUCUUUGUUGUUGGGUCUUUGGAAUGCGAGGAAACCAGCUUCAGUGCGGAAGGCAGUUUUGAUCUGCCAGACCUUCCGAAAGCCUCCCUUCGACACCCAGACUGUGACCAAAUGUCCUUGGCUGCGGGAAUUCUAAUGGGCUGCAGGAAAGGACCUCCAGUUUCUCCAAGGGUUCCACCCCAGAACUCCUGGUUGCAGCCUCCGUCUGGGAAGGUCCUCAAACACUCCAGGAGCGACCUGAGCCUGUCAGACUCGAGCCGCAGCCCAAGGAAGACACCUGAGAUCAUGGUCCAGGCACCAGAAGGCCAUUUCGAAAGAACUCCUCCGAAAAAGGAGAACAUGAGGAUCAAUAUCAGGAAUACAUUGUCGGAGAGAGACCUGAGCCUCAACCUGAGCAGCUCCCAGAGCGAAAGUGCCCUCAGGUCCAAUAGAGGCUUUGGAUCAGUUCUCAGCAGCCCUUCUAGCAUGAAGGACAAUGCCUUUUUGAGGUUUUCGAAGGGCUUGCAAACUUUCAGCGCAAAUCUGGACCCUCGGAAGCUUGCAAAGCUGAACAGUCCUCUGCAAGGUCCACAACAAGUCGAUCCGGAAUCUCUCAAGGUCUUGCAAGAUAAGUUCAAGGGCUGCAAGACCAGGCUGGUUGCCAUUUAAAUAACAGCCGAGCAUUUAUUUAUCUUGCAUUUUGCGCAGAUAUGUGAAAUUUUUGAUAAUUGAAUUUGCUGUGCUCUGCUUCUAAAAUAUUUCACGGCCCUAAAUGAAUUUUAAGCAGAAUGUUUACAGUAUUCUAGUCACUGAUCUUGCUAACCACUUAUAAUCUCAAAACAUCGUGUAAGCGGAAAAAAGUUUUGAAAUAUUGACAGCUUUUGCAUUAUAUUCAGGCCCAUAUCUGCGCAAUCUUAAAGCAUCAAAAGUGAUCAACACAACUUAAUUUUAUUGUAUUAAGUGUCAGUAUUUUGUGUUUCUUUUCUUACCGGUAAAUAUGUGAUUCGUAUAUUUAUUUUUUACCAGCUCGUGUAAUUUUUACUCUACAAAAUUUCAUUCGCCGUGUUCAUGAUCUAGUUCAAAAAUUUCUCCGAGAGAGGACCAUAGUGAGCGUUUUUGCAAUAACAGCAGAUCAUUCUGAUUCUAAAGUAUUUGUUUAAUGUCAUUGUUGAAUCGUACCAGCACUUGUUGUUGAUUUUUGCCUUUCAGGAACAUUAUCCACAGUGGUAUUAAGGAGUGUAGUUCGAUUUCACUCACUGAUGUUUGUGCAAAUUCCAUUAGCUGAUAGGCGUAGUAUUGAAAUUUUAGUAGUGAGUUAACGCAACGAGUCAAUUAUAUAUCAAGUAGGAAAAUUAUCUGUGUGAACUAUAAAAUAUAUAAAUAUGGUAUUAUAUCAAGUAUAAAACUCGAAGGAGGGGAAAAAUUUAAUUAGCCUCAUUUUUUGUAAGUUACAAAUUCGAAAUAUCAACUUAUGAGCUUUCAUAUUUGUUAAAAAAAUUAAUUUUUUGCACUUAUUGAGAAAAAUUUGCAUUGGGGGGUUUUUUUUUCUUGAAAAGGAAGUUCCUUUACUCACUACUCUAACCAAUGUUGUUAAGUAAUUUUUCCAUUUUUAACGUAGCUCUCCAUACCAAAGACUAUAAUUCGUCCGAGCAGAGCAUUUAAACUAAUUCCACGAAGAAUUAAUACCAAUUAGCCGUAACUGAAAUGAGCAUGAAAAGUAUUGAUUAUUUUGUGAUGAGUAAUUUAGUAAUAAAUCGUAAAUUGUAUUAUAUCAUGUUGUAACUCCCGCGAAACGUGCAAAAUCCAGCUCCUGUUACGUCACAACCUGUAUCACUGCUGUGAAUAAUAAAGUGAAUUUAUUAAAAUUACAUUCCUGUGA